CAGCAAUUACAAUCAGAUGGAAACAGCGGAACAGCCACAUCUUUGUACAUCCAACCUGCUUUGACCCCUCUCUCGCACUCUCCACACUACAAAACUAUCCAUCAUCCAUCACCAGGUCUACUACACUGCCAAAUCAACCAUAACUCCCAACUUUUUCACAGUCUCCUCGGAAUUCUGAAUUAUGCGGCAGUAUUCCGAACGGCAAAGCCUCAUUCGUGACAUCUUAUUAAUACUUGUCUGGUUAGAAAAUGAAGAGACUGACACGAUGGUUGAGAACGCUGUUGGUAUCAGGAAUCUACCGGAUAUCACUCAAUUGGCCUUUCCGCGAAGCCAGAUGUUGCAAUCAAUCAUGAAAACAUUAUUUGGGGAGAACGUUGAGUACGAAGAUCUGUUACAGUUUGUUUUGUCAAAUAGAUACCUCAAUCCACGGCGGGCACCUAAAUCACGAGGAGAAUUUGACUUGGAAAGGCUGUUUGACAUGCCUGACAACGACUUCCGGCAGGCUGCAAGGACAACUAAGCAUGGAUUUGUUAUGGUCUUGGACACCAUCGCUGGUAACGAGGUAUUUCACCAGGGGGGCCGCCGACCUCAGCUCCCAAUAGCGCAUCAACUGGCUCUAACUCUUGAGAGGCUUGGAUCGAACGGAAAUGGUGCAUCGGUUGGCCGAUUCUCACGUAACUUGCAAGUGGGCCGAGGAACCGUAAUCAAAGUCUCACGGCGAGUAAUCGAGGCUCUUGUAUCGAUUGGAAGAACCCACGUUCAAUGGCCGGACAGACACCGUCGUGCUGAGAUUUCUGAGGUUAUGCGAAUGGAAGGUUUCGGAGGGUGUGUCGGUUUUGUAGAUGGUACGACUUUACCCAUGUUCCAACGACCGGGGUACGAUGGAGAAGUCUUCUUUGAUCGAAAAAAACGAUACUCCCUGAAUCUUCAAAUACUCUGCGAUUGCGACAAAUUCAUCACAUCUUUCAUAACCGGUUGGCCAGGUACUGUUGGCGAUAGCAAGGUUUAUAAGAGGAUGCAGCUGAAUCUGAACCCCUAUGACUUCUUCGAUGAAGGCCAAUAUUUGAUUGCAGAUUCAGCAUACGAUUUAAGCAGCACUGUCAUUCCGGCUUAUAAGGGGAAGGCAGCAGAAAUUACAAUCAACACUGACUUCAAUUACUGUAUGGCCAAAUCCCGAGUGCGAAACGAGCAUACUAUUGGGAUUCUCAAGGCAAGAUGGAGCUCAUUGAAGGAAAUGCGGUUACAUCUCUACAACCGAGGACACAUGCGACAAUACACGGCCUGGAUCUAUAGUUGCAUCGUCCUCCAUAACCUCCUGGCCAAACUGGGGGAUCAAUGGCUCGAGUUGUCAGAAGAAGAUCAAAAUCUUACCUUGGCCUUACCCGCAACACCAGAGGAACCAUCGGACGCGAACGAUGUGGCAUUCCGUGAACGACUGACAAGGGAUUGUGUGGCAUACAACUAUGAGAAGGGAGUACUGCCUGUCUAGUUAACUCAACAAAUAAUUUUAGCAGACGAUGAGACCGACUAAGCAAGACCAACGGUCAACUGCUUUGAACAACUUGCUCCUCCUCUUUUUCAAAUUCAGAUCGGAGCUCAAAAUGGUGAUGAGGUUGCCGAUCGAAUCAGUGCUCUCGGCCCAAACCACGGACUCGGUCGAUCGAUUUUUGAAUUAAGAAUCCGACAACUCAUUUGAUUACCGAUCUGGUCUCGUUUUAUCAUUUACCAUCGAGGGCGAUGAAAUUUACUCCUCACCAGACGGGCCAGUCUCUCCCAACAACUCGAAGAAUCACGUGAAGAAGCCUUCAGGUUGUUGUCCAAACGGAUCCGCAGGCUGCCCCCGGCCCAUCAAGCCACCCUGAAACUACUCUUCGACAUCAGAUCAAUCCAUUCUCCUCUGCCCUCUCAGACCGAUCGAUCUGACAGGCUAGAGGGGAGGUUUCCUCCUCCUCUGCCCUCUCAGACUGAUCGGUCUGACAGGCUAGAGAGGAAGGACCCUCCUCCUCUCACCAGUGUGGUAGUGCCUCCUCUGGACCGAUCGGUCUGCAAUGCUAUAGUUCCUCCUCUUUCCUCUCAGACCAAUCGGUCUGACAUGCUAGCCUCUUCUCUUUCAGACCGAUUGGUCUGACAUGCUAGAGAGGAGGAACCUU